AUGUCCAACGUCGACCAGAUCCACGAGGACCCGAGCGAGGCCAUGCCCCUCCCCCUCUACCUGACCAGCACUUCGGCAAAGAGGGGCGCCAAGACCGAGCAUAGAGCCACCAGGAACCAUUUCAACGGGGUGGACCAGAAGCGCGGGCUCCAGCUCGGGCCGCCGUCCAACGGCAACCCACAAUGGCCGACGAUCUCAUGGUCCCACUUCCAUCUGCCAGCCAGCGUCAUCUACGGGGCGCGCACUGAUGACCGCCGCGUCAACGCCGACAUACGAGCAGGAGCCGAGAAGCAGCUGACCAGCAUGGAGACCUCCCACGACGGUGGCAUCGAAGACGAGUACCAAGCGGAGCUCGAGCUAAAGGGUUUCGCCACACGAAGACCGACUAGCGACAGAAUCCUGGCCGCGCACAACGCGCAGGCCGGCAAUAUUUUGAACGACCGAGACCACGGCAAGUGCCAGGGCGGCAGCGAGUUCUGGGGCGAGAUGAACAACCUCAAGGAGAACAUCAGCAUCCUCACCAACGACGAGGUUGCAGAACUGGCCUGCUCCGAUAGACGUAAAGGCCGCGACGCCAGUUGCCGCAAUGCCAGUACCGAGUGCCAGCGGGUAGACACUUGCUCCCACGCGGUGGACACGAUGCAAGACCCAACUGGCUACGUGCCCACUCUGCCAGCCGACGCCCUCGCGUUGGACGUCCUCCCUCAGAAAGCCAGCCCCCGGAGGCAGAGCCCAGAGAAGCCGUCGGCGAUUACCAAGCCGCGGAGGCUGCGCUGCCUGAACGCGGGGCUCGCGAGGUUGUGGGUGGAGGCCGCAGACCAACGUAUGGCACGAUCCUGGGACUACCAUGCCAAGAGGCGCGACUGGGGGGACGAGGGCUGGCAGGGCGAGUCCGAGUGGAAGCGCCACAGGCCCGCCCAGGGCCGCUACGACAGGGAGGGCGGCGACAGGGGCUGGCACGAGGAGGAGGAGCAGCCGGCGCGCCCCUCGGGCCGCGUGCCCUGGCGCUCGUCUGGCCGCGUGCCUUGGCGCGCGCCUGCAGAGCCUUCCGACGCGGGCGAGGGCGACGGCGAGGGCUUCGAGGGCGAGGGCGAGGGCGAGGGCGAGGGCGAGCCAGCCGAACAGGAGGGCGACGAGGGCGAGCCAGUCGACGCGGCAGGCGCGGCGUGCGAGUCGGACGCCGAGGAACAGGAAAUGAUGCGUGGGCUGGACGAGCUGCGGCAGUCGCUGCAAGAGCCGGAGGAGGGCGCCGAGGAGCCUGCCGCGGAGGAGGAGCCCGUCCAGGCUCCGGGGAAGAUCCCCGCCUGGCGGGGACGGGCCGAGGAGGCCCGACAGCGCUCCCGAGGCGGCGGCAGGCGGCGGGUCCGCAGUCCCGCGCGGCCGCGGGCCGAGCGCUCAGGCGGCUGCGUCGUGCUCACCGGGGUGCCGCUCGGGUACGAGCACAGCACGCUGGUGGAGAUGCACCAGACGUUCGGCCUGGAAGCGGGCGCGCUGCUCUCGGCCGAGUUCGGGGAGCACGAGCCGGAGGAAGACGCGCCGGGCACGCAGCGGGUGGUCCUCGAGUACGCAGACGAGGCCAGCGCCCAGCUGGCCGCGGGUGGCCUGGACGGGCAGCUCGUGCAGGCGCACGACGGCAGGGUCCAGGCCUUGCGCGCCGAGUUGCGGGACGCGGCGCCGCCGCCGCGGAGCUCUGCGCUGCCGGCCGUGCGCCUCAGCGGCGUGCCGGAUUCGUUCACGGAGGAGAUGGUCCGGGAGCUCCACGAGGGCACCGGCGUGGCGGACGCCGACGUGGUGUCCGUCGAGCUGCUCGACGCCUCCGGCGAGACGCGCGCCUGCGUCGUGCGCUACCAGCACGGCGGGGCCGCCGCCAGGGCCGCGCGCGCGUUGGAGGGCAAGCGGGUGCUGACCGCCUCUGGGGCCCAGAGGCCCGAUAAUCAGGCUCCAGAGGCCGACAUCGGGGAGAAGCGCCCGGCCGAGAGGCUCGAGUCCAUGCCGACCUUCCCGCCCCAGGAGAGCAAGGCGGGCAAGGGCAAGGGCUCCGCGCCCCCACGCACCGCCAGCUGCGCUGCCCACAAGCGUCGUGCUCUGCCUCCUCAUGGCUCACCUGCUGCCACCAUCGUGGACGACGACAUGCCGCCGCGCCUCGAUGACGACGACGACGCCUCAGAGGACUACAUCAAGCAGUGCUGUGCCGACAUGCUGGCCAAAAUGCGUGAGGAGCUCGCCGUCGACAUCAGCAAGUCUCUCACGGACACCAUCAAGCAGAACAUCGAAGUGCAGAACAAACCAACCAUCGACCUGCUGGACCAGCUCCGCGCCCAGCUGGCGCAGCCUCCAGCUGACCUCGACCAGAAGAUCCUCUCGAUUGUCCGCCCUCAGCUCGACUCCACCGCUCGCCGUCUCCAAGCACAGCUCGACGCCCAGCAGACGCAGAUCAACGAGACCGACAACCGCGUGUCCAAGGUUGAGGCCCAGAUGCAGGACGUCCUCUCCCAGUUGGAGGUUCUCAGGAAGGAGCUCCUCAUCGCCGAGCAGCGCCCCCGCGCCCCGCUCACCCAGCCGAAGGGCUUCGACAGGGAAGUGGAUGCUUCGCUGGUUGUGGCCAUGGCCCAGCGCCCUACCACGACAGCCUGUGUUGAAGCUGAGCUCCGCCCUUGGAUCGCCUCGCUCGGCCUCGCCGACGACCUCUACGACCUUGUUCCCGUCGGCCCUGUGCCGACCAAGAAGUUUCACAUCCGCUUCAAGGGCCUCGUCGCCGUCGCCUCCAGGAUGGCAGCCAAGGUGCUUGGCUCCCUGCGCGUCGAUGGCACCUGGAAGGAGUUCACAGUCGAGGUUCCUGGCAGCCCUCGCUGCCGCAUCCACCUGGGCCCCGACAAGUCGCCACGCCAGAUUCGCUGCGAGAUUCUGCUGCGGAGGGCACGCACUAUCAUUGCCGAGCGUCACCCGAACCUCCGUCUGUUCACUGACAGAGAGCGUGCCACGCUUUCCGUGGGAUGGGAUCGUAUCAUGCGUGCGGAAGCCCAUCCUGGCAACAAGCCCGCCGAGUUCUUCUGGGACAACCAGCAGCUCGCCAAGCACGACCUCGUCAAAGCCGAGCUCGUGUCGCUGCUCGCCCCGCUCAUCGAACCCGAGGCGGAGCCACAGUGUCAUGCGGUGGCUCUUGUGCCUGGUCGCGUUUUGCGGGUCACCGUCGUGUGUGGUCCGAUCUGCAUGGAGAUCUUCAACAUUCACAACCACGACCUGAAGCAGGAGCAAGUCAAGGAGAUAGUCGAGAUCAUCCUCGAGGCUCGUGCUGCUGCGCUCAGGGCGCCUUCCCAGCAUCUCGUGCUGGUUGUGGGUGACUUCAACUUUGCCGCCGAGCGCGUGGGUUUGCUGAAGAGCUACUGGGGCCCCGUCUUCUCCAGGAAGCCCUGGGACCACGACAGAGCCGUCGAGCAUGCUGCCAAGUACCUGCCGACUGUUGACGAUGUUGUUCUCCCCCCGCCCACGCCACGCCUCCUUCGGGCUGUUCUGGCGCGCGCUGCUGACUCCGCCACUGGCUGUGACGGGCUCUCCUACACGGCGUGGCGCUCCAUGCCCUUUGGUGCGACCAUCCUCUGGGACUGCCUCGAGUGGGUGAUGAGCGGUCAAGCGUUGUUCGACUCUGCAAGCACGACCCUCCAGGUUUUUCUGCCCAAGAACGUGACCGAGGAUGAGGCCCAGGUUGGCCAAGUUGCAAGGGGGGCAGACAAAGUGAGAGUGCUCAGUCUCCGCAAUUGUGACGUGAAGGUCCUCUCGGCGACCAUGAAUGCUGCCCUUCGCCCCAUCCUUGCGCGCGUCGCCCCGCCCUGUCAGAGAGGCUUCGUUCCUGGGAGGAACUUUGGUCUGAACAUCUUGGAACUGGACGCAUCGAGUCGUCAGCUCUCGUGCACGCCGCAUGGCUCUCGGGACCUGCCCAUCCUUUAUAGCCUGGACUACGGCCAGGCCUUCCCCUCUCUGAACCAGGAGUUCGUGCUGUUUAUUAUUGGGGCGCUGCGUCUUCCUGAGGCCAUCUUGAAGUUCGCGGGGUUCCUCUAUGAGGCCAUCGAGGGCGUUGCGGUCUCCAUGGGGCUCCGUGUUCACCUGUACUGGGUCCGCAAGGACUUGGCCUGGGUCGCCCUCGUGAUGAGGGAGGCGGAGUUGGUCGCGAACCUUGUUCUGAAGAUUCAGAAGUGCCAUAUUGUGCCCCUGUCAGCCUCAUUUAGUCCUGCUCUCGCUUCGGAAGCUCUUGGGAGGCUCUCUCGUACGGUGCCCCACUGGUCCGCCAUGAAGAUCGUUUCGGAGCUACUGUACCUUGGGAUAUGGUUGGGGCCCUCGGUGGACUCCAUGAAGCCCUGGAUCGACCCACUUGCAAAGGCGCGGCUGCGGGCUCGAGCAGUCGGACGAGGCGUCACCCCUGCUAGCCUCUCUUCCAUCAUCUACAAUACUCGUAUUGUCAGCACACUCUCUUAUGUCAGCCAGUUCUUUUGGAUGCCACGAGCCGCCCUCGCAUGCGAGCUGGGUGUACUUGCACAGGUCUUUCGUGUUGCGUUGGGCACCUUCCCGCUGAGCGCCCGGGUGCAGAUGGACCGCUGGCGCGGCCCGCGGGCCUUGAGCUGGGCUCACCUCGACAUGGCGCCCCUGCUGCGGGCGGCCGCCCACACCUUUCCCGAGCACCAGAGGCUGCUGGACGACUUGCGGGCCCACGCGUGUGCGCUCGCGGACUCCAGGACGCUUUACAUGAUCGGCUCUGGUGCCCCAUGCCCUGGCUUCUGGCGGAGCCCUGCUAUUGUGGAGAACCUCGCUCUGGCCUUGGACGGGCCCGCCCCUGCUGCGCCCUCGACGGCCGCCUUCGGCUUCAUGGCCGCCGCGGUGAGCAUGUACAACGCGAUCCGUUUGAUCCCCGACUGGCCGAUCUCAGAGCAGGACGCGCUGAGUGCUGCACUGGCUGGAGUGAGUGGUCCUGGCAUGACGCCAGCAGUGAUCGACGAGCUGCGGGACUCCGACACGGACGUGGACGAUCUGAUUCUCUCCUCGCGGCUGGAUCUGGUCGACGACUCCGUGGGGUACGUCGCCAUGCUCUCAGAUGCGGGCUCCUCCGACCCUGAUGGCUACCCCUUCGGCGCCGACCACCACGGGCACUUCUCGGAUGGCGGCUCUCUCGUCUCGGGUUGCCACGAGCCGUGCGUCCUCGGCCACUCCGCGUUCUCAGAGGCUAUGGCCUUCCUCUCCACGUCCCGCGUCCUGGAGAUCCUGCCGUCCGUGUACAUUUCGGACGUGCCCACGGAGCUCUCGGACGAUGUGCUGAUUGACCUGCACAAGGGCCCAGGCGGCGAAGACGCAGAGAUCGUGGCUAUCAAGCACCUUCCCGCGAAGGAUCCGCUUGGCGAGACGCGGUGCUGCAUCGUACGCUAUCGGAGCCAAGCGGCUGCUGACAGGGCCAUCGAGGCUUUGAGCGGCACCCAAGUGUUGACGACCUCCGGCAGGCCAAAAUUCUUGGGCGCACGGCUUGCCAAGCCUGCGCAGUGGAUGAGGGAGAAGGAUCGGGGAGGAGCAUCUUCGCCGCCGCGCCUGCCGGCGCCUCCUCCGGCCCCUGGUCGUGGCAGCAGUGGUAGCGGGCAGCGGUGGGCAGAUGCUGCCGAAGGUCCGCGGGCAAAAGGUCGUGCGGAGUGGUGAGCUCCAUGGGGGGCAUGCCGUUGUGGAUGGCCCAGUGGCGGGCGCAUCAACUUUGCGGCACAGCCUUGGGUAGCCCCAGCAGGCCUAUCAGCCGCCGCUUGACCCAGGCGUCCCCAACUGGAAGAGUCAGGCAUUGACCGACUAGCGCUUGCACUGAAGGGGCUCUUGUCGUAUUUUGUGGCCUGCUUGUUUACAUUUAAUCGCUUCACUAGCCCCUAUGGUCGGAUCUCGCCCUGCCAGCCUCGCUAGCCAUGCUUGUCGCUGGCGCUGGCUGCCGCCACAGGCGCAUGUCAGCCCCUGCCUAACCCCACUGCCCCCAGACAGGCUUGCCAAUGUUGGUUGCCACCGCGCCCAUGCUGCGCUCCCUGCCCUACCAGUGCCAGUAGCCUUGAUGCCACCACCACUGGUUGCC